GCACCUUGCUUGCCUCUCAAAAGGACCUAUCGCUAUCAUGAUGAUCUAGACCUACAAAGAUGAGUGUCUGAUGGUGUAUCAUCAGCGAUACCGCGAAUUCCUUUGGUAUGAAAGUGAGCGUAUUCCGUGAUGUACGUCUCCAAACGUGCGCGACUCCUCAUCCGAAUAAAAUUGAAACGUCACAGCGGAUAAGCGGCUCUUCUUUAAAGGGAGCAGUGGCCCAAAGCGGCGUGUGCUACUUUACCAUCCAACAUGGUGUUUCAUCUUGGAUCACUGCAGAUUAUCGCUCUGGCCCUCCUGGGUUAUGUACUCUACCUUGUUACUUCAAGAUUGUUGUUUCAUCCCCUCAGGACCUUUCCUGGGCCGAGAUUGGCAGCGUUGACGAGCUGGUAUCAGACGUAUUUCGAGAGCUUUUGCGAUGGUGCAUUCGUGGAUCAUCUGGAGAACUUGCAUAAGAUAUAUGGUCCUAUCAUUCGUAUAAAUCCAAGGGAGCUCCAUUUCAGUACACCUCAGGCUUACUUCACCAUUUAUUCUUCCCAAGUGAAGUUUGCAAAGGAUCCAAAGUUUUAUUUUGCUUUCAAUGAAGACGAAUCAUCUUUUGGGUACACAGAUCGAGUCUUGGCGAAGAAACGAAGGGAGGUUCUCAACCCCCUCUUUUCCCGUCGUUCGAUUCUUAGGCUUGAGCAUAUUAUCCAAUCGAAGGUCGAUCUUCUCGUAGCUCGUCUGUUAGAAGACUACACCGAUAAACCAGCUAACCUUCACUUUGCAUUUAAAUCCACAACGAUGGAUGUAAUCACUGCAUAUUGCUAUGCUCAUUCUUUCGACGCCCUCUUGUGUCCCGACUUCACUCAUCCUGUUCUUUUGAGUUCUGAGCGGGCAAUGCCCAUGAUAACAUCGAUCCGCCGUUUCCCUGUCUUGCAGAUCCUACACCACUUACCCGAAUCGCUCACGAAGCUGCUGAGCCCCGAGACCGUCGGAUUCGUUGAGUUGCGCAAGGCGCUAUUGGCGCAGAUAGAAGGUAUCCUAGCAGACCCCAGUUCGCUGGACGCUAUGCAUGAUACCAUCUAUAACUAUUUCCUAUCACCUGAGAAGCUCAAGUCGCAGCAAGUCCCGUCGAAGAAGUCGUUGUUAGAUGAGGCACAAAAUCUCCUCUUCGCAGGAACCGAUACGACAACCAAUGCCAUGACUGUCGGAUUCUUCUAUGUCCUCAAUGAUCCAGCUAUACACGCGAAGUUAACUUCCGAAAUAUUUGCUGCAUGGCCUAUCAGAGAAUCAUCCAUUUCUUAUGAGGUUCUAGAAAAACUUUCGUACUUGACAGCUGUCCUGAAAGAGGCGCUGAGGAUGAGCGCUGGCGUGCCGAUCUCCAUGCCUCGAAUUGUUGAUACACCGACAUAUAUUGACGGCGUGGAGGUGCCUGCUGGGACCGCAGUUGGGGUGGGAUGCACGUUCGUCCUCAUGAACGAGGAGAUCUUCCCCCAACCGCACGCGUUUCAGCCAGAGAGGUGGCUUCAGCAAGAUUCUCAGAGCCUGGAGAAAUAUUUGGUCCCGUUUUCGAGAGGGCCUCGCUCAUGCAUAGGUGUCAACCUUGCCUGGUGCGAAUUGUAUUUGGUUUUCGCAAACUUGUUUCGGAAGUUCGAUAUGAAGAUACACGAGACUAGCGUUCAAGACAUGAAGUUCCGGUGCCAUGGCUUGUCUGUCUUCCGUGGUCGACACUUCCACGCUAACGUGCAAGGACGAAUCUGA